AUAUGUCGCAGCCGACUGUCAACCAGAGUAUUUAACCAUAAGCGCAGAAAUUGUAUGAAUAGGAAGCUUGUUUUGGAAAGACCGGUGUUUAAGGUAGACGACUUGGAUGAUGUGGACCGCCCACACUUUGACAGAAGCGGAUGCGUGAGCAGAGCAACAUAUACCGCAUAUUUAUAUCAAGAAUACUCACUGUUUGAACGAUGUUUACGCUGGGACUAUCAAAGUUUUUGAUUUUAAUGUUAGUGGUUAGUAGUUUGGCACAAGAUUAUUACGAACUUCUAGGUGUAACAAAAAGCGCAAAUGACAAAGAAAUAAGAAAAGCCUUUAAAAAACUAGCUGUAAAAAUGCACCCCGAUAAAAACAAGGGCGAUCCAGAUGCUCAUGCGAAUUUUGUGAAACUCACAAAAGCAUAUGAAGUUCUAAAAGACCAGGAGUCCCGAAAGAAAUACGAUCUAUUUGGAGAAGAUGGUGUAAAAACAACCGGACAGCAAACAUAUCACUCCUGGAGUUAUUACCGGGAUAAUUUUGGCAUAUAUGACGACGACCCCCAGAUUAUAACACUGAACGGUGCCGAUUUCGAGGAAAGUGUUCUUGGGUCAGAUGCUCUCUGGUUCAUAAACUUCUACUCUCCGAUGUGCUCCCAUUGUCAUACUUUGGCUCCUGUGUGGCGUCGGCUGGCACAAGAACUUGAGGGUGUUGUUCGGUUUGGUGCUGUCAACUGUGAAGAGGAAUGGGUUCUUUGUCGUCAAGAACAGAUUCAUUCAUAUCCUUCACUGUUCCUGUACCCAAUGAGAGAAAGAUAUGUUGGUGAUCGUGAGAUGCCACAACUAAAAGAGUUUAUACUGAAGAGACUGCAAGUCGAAAUUAUUAAGAUUGAUGGUGAUACUUGGAAGAUUUUGUCAAAUCCAGAUGACCAGUACCAGGGCAUUCCGUGGGUUCUCUUCUUGCUUGAUGGAACAUCAGACAUUGAACAAGAGGAAGUAAGGCUCAUAGUAGCUGCCAUGUUGGAAGGCUUGGCUCUUGUUGGAGAGGUGAACUGUGUGGUGAGUCAUGCAUUGUGCCAGGAAGUUUCUGGUGGCCGAACACAUCCUAUUGGCUUAAUUAUCUUUUGGAAGAACAAAGACUCAUUGUACCCGCUUGACACAGUGACUUCAGCAAAAGAUAUUACUGAGCAGGUGCUUUCAUUUCUCCCACAUGCCACAGAAUUUGAUGCUGAGACAUUUGAGGAUAUGCGUACGCAACUCCGUUUAGAUCCAGAGGCGCCAUUCUGGCUGGUACACUUUUAUGCAGGGGUCGAAGAUGUAAAGCAGUCACUAGACUUGAAAAGAUUGCCCGCACUUGUUGGGGACAUAAAACUUGGCAGGUUCCACUGUGGAAGGGCUGUAGAUGCUUGCCGUGCACUACCAGUGUCUCGAUAUCCACUGUUUGCACUGUUCAAGCCUGGCGGUGGUCAUGAAGUGCAUCAUGGUCGUGAGACAGCAUACGAUAUAGCAACAUUUGCCAGACACAGUCGUGCAGCUCCCUACAUGCGAUCGAUAACGCCCGAAGAGUUCCUUCAGCAGACUCAAGAAGGUGGUUCCUUUUUUGUCGACUUCUUUGCACCAUGGUGUCCACCUUGCUUACGCUUGCUGCCAGAGCUCCGAAAGGCUAGUGGUACAUUGGGUGGCAGUGUAACUUUUGCAACUCUGGAUUGCUCUCAGCACGCAGCUUUUUGCCGUCAACAGUCCGUACGCUCCUAUCCGACUACAGUGUUGUACAACCAUACUGGCACGCAUCCACAUUUCUUCCAUGGGAGGACAGCAAGUGAUCUGGUUGACUUCAUAAGAGAUGUGCUGCAUCCAGUAGUUGUGGAACUGACAGAGAAGAACUUUGAGUCUACAGUUGCCAGUAAACCAGUCGACCAUAUGUGGCUUGUUGACUAUUUUGCUCCAUGGUGUGGUCCUUGCCAGCAACUUUCUCCUCAAUGGAGAAAGCUCGCCAAGCUUUUGUCUGACCAACGAAACAUUCAUAUUGGAGAAGUCAACUGUGAGCGUGAGCCAUCAUUGUGUGUGCAACAGGGUGUCAGAACUUAUCCAACAAUUAGAUUAUACCCUUUUGGUAGUGUUGGACUUGCCACAUUUGCGAUAUAUUCAGGAUAUCAUCGUGAUGCACGUUCCUUGCGACAGUGGGUAUACAACUUUUUGCCAUCUUCUGUGGAAUCACUAACCCCCGGCUUGUUUGAGGCCAGAGUUCUCAGAGACACAGGUGAAAUGUGGCUUGUCGAUUUCUAUGCUCCAUGGUGUGGCCAUUGUGUCAGCUUUUCGCCAGAAUUCCAGUUAGUUGCACAGAAACUCGAAGGGCGUGUGCGAUGUGCAAAAGUCGAUUGCGAAAAAUAUCGCAACCUUUGUGUGCAGCAGCAAGUGAAUGCAUAUCCUACAGUGAUAUUCUACCCGGGCAGACGUGAAAUUUCCAGCCAGUCAGCAGAGCAGAUAAUUCGUCGUGUUGAGGAGUUCAUUGCAGACUUGCAAAGAGAUGAUAAAUAUAAUAGACAUGAUGAAUUUUAAACUUAGCAAAAAGUAACAAUUAACAUAAUACAUAAAAAGAAAGGCCCAAAAGUAAGGCAGAUGCACUGCAUUCAGCAACUGUUCCAACCAUCUUGGCUUGAUGUUACCAUAUAAGCUUUCCAGUAUUGUGGCACAACACAGUAAUGAAGACACAAACGCUGUUUACUACAGUGUUCAAGUAUACUAUGUAUCAUACUUUUGUAUGAAUGUGUUAUGUCAUCAGCUUGCUAUAGGCAGAAAAAGAAUCUAAUGUGAUUGAAUUAUUAUUAUUAUUAUUAUUAUUAUUAUUAUUAUUAGAUCUUUGAUACUGAGAUCUGCAGUCUGUGAUACAAUUACUCAUAUUGCAACAAACUAUUUUGUACAUUAGUGUUACUAUGGUAAUUAACAGAGUAAGUGGUUUCAAGGUGUUGUACUUCACACUGUACAUCACGUACUAGUUUUCAUGCUUAAUAAUAAGCUUUUGCAAGAACCACAAAGUUGCUGUAAAGUUAAUAUAAUAGAUUCCCUGAAAUGCAAACAUGUGAUAUUCUGUGUUGAUUACAGUUCCUUAAGAGUGAUUAUUGUCUUUUCUGUACUAAUUUUUGUGAAAAUUUUUAUAAGUAUCACACAAGUUUUAUCUGAAUAUUAUUUAUACUUGUUUGCUGUAUUUCCAUUAUUUCACCAGACAGAGGGAACAGAUUUCAGUAGUGUAGUUUCCAAAAAAUAGGGGUAUGGAGGGUGAUGUACUUUACUACAUUUUCAUUCAGUACAGCAUUCAAUGAUCUGCUGCUCAUUCUGUUAGCAGUUGUAAUAUUUUUUUAUCUAAUAUUCCAUUAUUUAUAAAGCAGACACAACCUGUGUAGUGAAAUUAGCAAUUGUUUAGUGAAAUUAGCAAUUUUACCCGUACCUACAGAAUGUAUUCACCAUAUCAAAUUUUUGGGAGUUAGUUUAUCAUUAUUUUACUGAUAUUGGAUUUAAAUGUAAUUUCACAGGUAUAACAGAACUAUUAUUGUGUGUGAACCUCAUUCCCUAUGUUUUGUGGUAUAACUCUGUUAACCUGUUGCUGUCUGGUUGGUGCCAUGGUUGAAAAAUGGCAGUCACUAUUCUGUGUCAUUGAAAUAAUCAUUCUUUGUGAUUUGGGCUCUGGAAAUGUUUCAUAUUUCUCAUAGCUCUCACCUACUGGGCUUCCAAGCUUUUAUGGAUGAAAACUGAUAUUGUCAUUUAGAGUUUGAAUGUGAUAAAAAUACACAUUCUCACUACUAUAAACAAUAUCCAGCUGAAGUAAAGCUCUUCAUUGAGUUUUUGUGGCAUGUUCUUGAACUUUUCCGUCGUCUGUUUAAGAAAUUGAUAAAAUUAGGCAUGUCAAGACAUUACCACCAUUAGUUGAAUUUCCACUAUUGUUUAGGACACACAAUUUUUCAUUUAAUCAUUCACACUUCAUGUUUCGUAAAGACCAUCAUUUUCGCUGACCAUUUAGCAAGUUAUGAGACUAAAUUGGUAAUAUGAAUUAAUAUUUUAAGAAUCCAAUAAUGAAUGUUGUUUUGAAAUGUCUGUAU